CGUCUGGCUACCGGGAACCGACGGAGCACCCGGGCGGAGCGGUGAGUUGAGACGAGCUCCCCGGCUCCCAGCCGCCUCCGGGAGCCUCGAGGCCUUCUCGAGGGGCAAAGUGGGAGAGUUUGUUCCGUGUCUGCUAUGGCUGCUACUGUGAACUUGGAACUUGAUCCCAUUUUUUUGAAAGCACUAGGCUUCUUACAUUCAAAGAGUAAGGAUUCUGCUGAAAAGUUGAAAGCACUACUGGAUGAAUCUUUGGCUCGGGGCAUUGAUUCAAGUUACCGUCCUUCUCAAAAGGAUGUGGAGCCACCCAAAAUUUCAAGCACAAAAACUGUUUCCAUUAAGCAAGAGCCCAAAACAACAUCCAGUCUUCCUUCUGGCAAUAAUAAUGGCAAGGUCCUCACAACUGAAAAGGUAAAGAAGGAAGGUGAAAAGAGACCUGCUGAUAAAAUGAAAUCAGAUACCGCUGAAGGAGCUGAUAUUCCAAAGAAACCUAAACUGGAGAAACCAGAGACACGCUCCUCCCCCAUUACUGUCCAAACCAGCAAGGAUUUAGCUAUGGCUGACCUUUCCAGCUUUGAGGAGACCAGUGCUGAUGAUUUUGCCAUGGAAAUGGGAUUGGCCUGUGUUGUUUGUAGGCAAAUGACAGUGGCAUCCGGUAAUCAAUUAGUAGAAUGUCAGGAAUGCCAUAAUCUCUACCACCAAGAUUGCCAUAAGCCCCAGGUGACAGACAAGGAAGUGAAUGACCCUCGCCUUGUGUGGUAUUGUGCCCGAUGUACCAGACAAAUGAAAAGAAUGGCUCAAAAAACUCAGAAACCACCACAGAAACCAGCCCCCACGGUUGUUUCUGUAGCUCCAGCUGUCAAAGAUCCUUUGGUUAAGAAACCAGAAACUAAACUCAAACAAGAGACAACUUUCCUAGCAUUUAAGAGAACAGAAGUCAAGACAUCCACGGUUAUUUCAGGAAAUUCUUCUAGUACCAAUGUUUCCUCUUCAGUAACUAGUGGCCUAACUGGAUGGGCAGCUUUUGCAGCCAAAACUUCUUCUACUGGUCCAUCAACAGCAAAAUUGAAUUCAACAACCCAAAACAAUAGCGGGAAACCUGCUACCUCAUCAGCUAACCAGAAGCCUGUGGGUUUGACUGGUCUGGCAACAUCAUCCAAAAGUGGAAUAGGUUCUAAAAUAGGUUCCAGUAACAGCACUUCACCCACUGUACCACUGAAACCACCUCCACCUCUAACUUUGGGCAAAACUGGCCUUAGUCGCUCAGUUAGUUGUGACAAUGUUAGCAAAGUAGGUCUUCCCAGUCCAAGUAGUUUGGUUCCAGGAAGCAGCAGCCAACUAAGUGGGAAUGGAAAUAGUGGCACAUCGGGAUCUAGUGGAAGUACCACUAACAAAACCACUUCAGAAUCGAGCAGCUCGCCCUCAGCAUCCCUUAAAGGUCCAACUUCACAAGAAUCACAGCUCAAUGCCAUGAAGCGAUUACAGAUGGUCAAGAAGAAGGCCGCCCAAAAGAAACUCAAGAAGUAAUAUGGCCAAGUACUGGGAUUGAACUCAGGACCUGGUGCAUGCUAAGCAUGAGCUCUACCACCAAGCUAUACCCACCCUCCACCAACAAGAAUGACUAAUUCUUGAUGAGAACUUCCAGAAUCGCGGAAGACUGGUAGCACAUGUGAAUUAAAAAAAAAAAAAAAGUUUAUCUUCUAGCAAAAUCCCAGUAAUUGAUUCUGCUGAAUAAGGAUUCUUAUAAGCUUGCAGGAAUGACCCAAUAAUAAAGUUUUCUACUCCCUCCACCCCAUCACCUGGGUAUUCAGUGUCAGUCCCCAGCUUCAUUUCAGUUGAUUCUCCCUCUCCUCCCAAAAAUUUCAUCUCCCCUUUUUCAAAAUUAAAUUUUUGUAAUUGAUUUCUCAUACCCGGAAUUAUAUUUUUACCUUUUUCAGUCACCUCAUAUCAGUUAUUUAGGGAUAUGUCUCUUCCAGUAGAUUGUGAACUCUCAUGUCCUUUUAAUGCAGUACUUUUCUCGCAUUGUUCACUUCCCUUACAUUGUCAGUGUAACGUAUGCACAUAGUAUAUACUUAAUAAAUGUUGAAUUUUGAUUUA